CGAGUCCCGGAGCCGGGGGCAGGGCCCCGGAGAGCGAGUCGAGGCCGACACCCGCCGUCACGGUUUAUACCUGAAAGGUAGCUCCGAAGAUGUUUUACGCACAUUUUGUGUUGAGCAAACGUGGGCCGCUAGCCAAAAUAUGGCUUGCUGCCCACUGGGACAAGAAACUCACCAAAGCCCAUGUAUUUGAGUGUAAUCUGGAGAGCAGUGUGGAAAGCAUCAUUUCUCCAAAGGUUAAGAUGGCUUUGCGAACGUCUGGGCAUCUUCUGCUCGGUGUGGUGAGGAUCUACCAUAGAAAAGCUAAAUAUCUUUUGGCUGAUUGUAAUGAAGCCUUCAUAAAGAUUAAAAUGGCUUUCCGUCCAGGUGUUGUGGAUCUUCCGGAAGAAAAUCGGGAAGCUGCAUAUAAUGCUAUUACUCUGCCUGAGGAAUUCCAUGAUUUUGACCAGCCAUUACCAGACUUAGAUGAUAUUGACGUGGCUCAGCAGUUUACCUUGAACCAAAGCAGAGUGGAAGAGAUCACUAUGAGAGAGGAAGUGGGUACCAUCACUUUGCUUCAAGACAAUGACUUUGGUGAUUUUGGUAUGGAUGAACGUGAGCUUAAUCGACACGAAAGCAUACUUGAAGAGGACUUAAUGGGUACUACCAGUAACUCCCAUCUGUUGCUGGAUCCGGUACAGAACACCACUGCUCAGCUGUCUGAGAGAAAUACCCAUAUGGUAUAUGAUGAUCCACUCAAGAAUGAUGGCUUUGGGGACGACAUUGAUGGUGGCAUACUUGGUGACAAACUUCUGAGCAAUGAUGAUGGCGGUAUCUUUGAUGAUCCGCCUGUUUUACCCGAUAGAGGAGUUCUGAUGCCAGAAGAACCUGUUCAGGAUAAUGAUGAUGAUGAUGAUGCUAUGUCGAUGGGUGGACCUGGCAGUCCAGACUCCGAAGAUCCAGUUGAACAAAUGCCAACGAUGACUGAUCAGACAACGUUGGUACCAAACGAAGAGGAAGCAUUUGCUUUGGAACCAAUUGAUAUAACUGUUAAGGAGACAAAAGCGAAGAGGAAGAGAAAGUUGAUUGUGGAUAGUGUAAAGGAACUUGACAGUAAAACAAUUCGUGCACAGCUGAGUGAUUACUCUGAUAUUGUCACCACGUUGGAUCUGGCACCUCCCACCAAGAAACUCAUGAUGUGGAAAGAGACUGGUGGUGUGGAAAAGCUGUUUUCCCUGCCUGCUCAGCCUCUGUGGAAUAGCAGGUUGCUGAAGCUGUUCACCCGCUGCCUCACUCCAAUUGUCCCAGAUGAGCUAAGAAAGAAGAGAAAGGGAGGUGAAGCUGACAACCUGGAUCAAUUCCUGAAAGAAAUUGAAAAUCCAGAAGUACCAAGGGCAGAGGAGCUGCCACAGCAGCAACAGCGUGACAUUAUUGAUGAACCAAUCUUGGAAGAGCCCAGCCGCCUGCAGGAAUCCAUGUUAGAGAGCAGUAGGACAGCAGUGGAUGAGUCCAUUAUGCCACCACCCCAGAGAGUAUCCAAACGUAAAUCCAAGGAAAUGGAGCAGGAGCCUGCAGUACCUCAGCAGCAGCAGCAGCAGCAGCAGCAACAGGAAGAACAGGAUCAGCAGAUUCCUCCAGUGGAACUUCCUCCAGAGGAGCAACAGCACAUUACUGAUCUUGUCCCAGAACUAGCACUUCUGCCAGAGAAGGGAAAGGAAAAGGAUGAAGAGGAAGAAGAGGAAGGGGAUGCAGUCGGGGGAGACCAAGAUCAAGAGGAGAGACGAUGGAACAAGAGAACUCAGCAAAUGCUUCAUGGACUACAGAGGGUAUUGGUCAAAACGGGAGCUGAAUCUAUCAGCCUGGCUGAAUUGUGUCGGAGGAACAAUCGAAAACAAGCAGCAGCAAAAUUCUACAGUUUCUUGGUACUUAAAAAGCAGCAGGCAAUCGAGCUUUCACAGGCUGAGCCUUAUAGUGACAUCAUUGCAACGCCUGGACCAAGAUUCAGUAUUGUCUGAUUUGUUUGAUUUUAAACGGCGAGUGUGCACUCACUAGAUGUGCAUUGCCCCAUAUGGGGAUAUGAGACCAUUACAAUACUUUGAUAGGGUGUUUUUUAUGUAAUAUUACGUUAAAGGUGAAGGAAAGUCUGGAGGAGCCCUUCCUGUUUAGAUUCUCUGCUAGACUUUUCUUCUCUUUUAAGAAUUAUUUUGGACACAGAAAACUUUCCAAUCGACUUAUUUGGGGGGUGGUAUUCCAGUGAUUAUGGUUAAAAACUUGCACUCCCUGACUGGUUUUAUACUAAAAUUAUGUUUGCAAAACUACAUCAAGUUUCAAAUAUUAAAUAAAUAUCUGCAAACAUGACGAUCAUGGCUUUAUUGAUUCCAUUGUUCAGAUAUCAUGUGUAACACCAAUGCUGCUGGUUGACACUUUCAGUCUAAGAUGUCACUGGAUAAAAUUCAUAACAUCUGCAGCGCAAUACUAUAGAGAAGCUUGUAUUCUACACUUGCACUUAAAUGUAACUUAUGUGAUGGUGUGCUGGUUCAUCUAUAUUAUAAAGACAUCACUGAGAAAGCAGUCUACCAGCACCUUUCCAUUCUUCACUGGAAUUACAAACUUUAAAUUACAGCUAAGGUCAUUUGAAAUGUUCAAUUAAUUUUAAAUACAUUAUAUUCAUAAUAGGAUGCUUUAAAAGAGUGUUACAAUGCAGUUUUUUAAAAAUAUGAUGUGCCUGUGAACCUAUCUUCCCCUCUUUGUAUAAAAUGUGUAGAUAAUUUUGAAUGUAUGUUUAAUUAUGGAAAAGAUGAAAGCUUUCAUUUUGAUCAGCGUUUUGCUUAUCCUACUGAGUUUCUAGUUUGUUGCUUAAUUAGUUCAUCACUAAAUGUUGCUGAACAGUGAUAGUUCAUGCUGUUAUGUAUAACUUUUCUAAUAAAAUACUUGUUACAGUA